AUGCCUGAUUCAAAAUAUCAAGGUACUAGUAAAAAGAUCAAUGACUACAACUUCCGGCGAGAGUGCAUCCGGAACUUCUUCCCCUCACGCAAGUGUUUUGUGUUCCCCUCCCCUACAACUCCUGACAACAUGCACCGACUGGACUCCAUGGACGAGGCUGAGCUUUCUGAACGCUUCAGAGAGGUCGCAGAUACUUUCUGCCGUUUCAUUUUCCAGGAGAGCUGUAUGAAGACUGUUAUAGGGGGACACACAUUGACUGGAGAGAUGCUAGGCCACUUGGUCACCACCUAUGUGGAGACCAUAGCCAAAGGCAAUGUGCCGUGUCUAGAGAAUGCUGUGUUGGCCAUGGCUAAAAUUGAGAACCAGGCUGCUGUGGAUGAGGGCCUGGCGGUGUACCAGAAGGGAAUGGGGGAUGUGAAGGCCUUAUUCCCAGUGGACAUCAAUCAGCUGUCAGAGAACCAGCUUCGCUCAGAGACCCAGGCCACACAGGCGUUCAAGAAACGAUCCUUCAAAGAUCAAAAUGGGGAGUUUUUGAAAGCUCUGGUGGAGGCCAUUAGCAACCACACCGCCGACCUUUUCAAACAGAACAAGGAUGCCUCAGAGAAGAAGUGCAAGGCUCUUCUGGAGAAUCUGUCUGCUCAGAUGGAUCAGGGGAUGAAGGAGGGGACUUACGCCACACCGGGAGGCUAUGAGCUUUACUGCAAUCACCAUGACAACAUAGUGGCACAGUACCGGGCUGAGCCUAACAAAGGAGUCAGGGCUGAGGAGGUUCUGGAGCAGUUCCUGAAGGACAAGAGUACAGAGUCCAACUCCAUCCUGCAAGCUGACAAAAAACUGACUGAAAAUGAGAAACAAAUCCAAGCGGAGAAGAAGAAAACAGCUGAGUUGGAGCAGGAGAAGGCAGCAUUCAGGGAGCAACAGGCAGAGAUGGAGCGCACCAUUGAGAACAAUCGCAUUAGCCAGGAGAAGUACUUGAAGGAGAUGAAAGAGAAGAUGGAGAAGAAGAGGAAGCAACAGCAGCAGGAGUUCAACAGGACCCUGGAACGCAGGAUGCAGGAGCAGAAAGAUCUCCUGGAGAAGGGCCAUAAGGAGAAGGCUGAGCUAAUGAGACAAGACAUCGAGGAGAUAAAGAAGAAUAAUCAAUUGGAAAGGGACGCCAAUACCCAGAAUCAGAAGGCUCUGCUGGUUGAAUGUAAAAAGGGGAAAAGCUCAAAAGCUCCACUUUGAAUGCCUGACUAUGAAAAGCCAACUGAUAUUGAAUCUUGAAGCGUUCGUCCGAAAAUUGCCAUCGUUGUUUUUAUUUUAAAAAUGAUCUGGUGUUAAUGACCACAUGAGCCUGGUUCCUCUCUAGGUUUCUCCUAGGUUCCUGCCUUGUAGGGAGUUUUUCCUAGGAUUAAAUGUCAGGAAUUGUGAAAA